AUGUCUCGGCUUUCUGUUCCAUCUGAGGGUUAUUAUUUGGGUACACCUAAUUUAGAGUUCAAGGAAUCCUUUAUAGGAAAAUACACUAUUUAUAAUACCAACUUAUUCACAAAGGAACAAACAGAUAUAUUUGAAAAAUUUCAGAAAGAAAUUCUUGUUCAUCAAGUUCUCCAAAAAUUGUUCCAGCAGUCAUAUUCCCAAAGACGUAAAAAUUUAAACUUCUACAGACAAAUAUUAAUUGCAAUGCUUUUGCAACCAAAUUUUAAUAUCAAACAAAAAUUUUUCAUUGACGAAGCCUACUACAAAAGAAUAAUUGAAGCCAGAGAAGGAAAAUCAGUCAGGGAUAUCGAUAAACACUAUAGAGCUGCAGUUGGACACAUGAAAGAAUUUUUUGCAAUUGUUUAUCUGGACAUUAGUCCACAAAUAAAUUUUACUAGGGGUGCUGAUCAAUUGGAUUCACUGUAUAUUUGUAAUGAAAACUGUGUGUUUGAUCUUAAUUUGUUAGGUAGCUACAACAUCCAUAAUAAAUCAUUCAAAACUCCAAAUGUCAAGCUGGUGUAUGAAAAAUUCAAUAAUGAUUGUUUGGUGAACGUUGAAGUUUUAAAAUUAAUCUUCAAUUUAAAGUACUUAAACCGAUUGGUGAAUAUUAGAAUUUGGAAAAAAUUUUUAGAGUUGAUUAGCGAAGUUGAUGAUUAUGAUGAUAAUAAAAGUUUAGAUUAUUACUUAGACAUUCAAUUUGUUGGAAAAGUCUUUGCCAGUACUCAAUUAUCGGAUGAUGAAAGUAUUGUAACAGCUUACAAUUAUUUUGUGCAAAUUUUUAACAUUGCAUAUGGGAGCAAUAUUCCAGUUUUUAGUAGAGAAGAUGCCAUGAACUAUGUUUUAAAAAUUCAAGAUCUGGAAAUAGCUCAAGUUUUUGCUAAAAAUGAUCAAAGUAUCUUUGAAAGCGUCGGGGUUGAGCACGAUCAUUAUAUCAAAGAAUUUUUUGCAAUUGCUAAUGUUUACUACAUUAGUCAACAAAAAGAUUUUAUAAAAAAGGCUGAUCAAUUGAAUACAAAAAAAGCCAUAAACGAUGUUUUAAAACUUCAAGAUCUGGAAAUAGCUCAAGUUUUUGCUAAAAAUGAUCGAAGUAUCUUUGAAAGUGUCGGGGUUGAGCACGAUCAUUAUAUCAAAAAAUUCUUGGAAGCAAAUUUGCCAACUUUGUUUAAAAAAUGA